GCUAUUUUGGACAGCUGAACGUGCUAACCAGGCCAGGUUAGGUAAUACUCGGCCCUGGCGGUCAUACAUACGCAUAACUCUGUAUUAAUACCGUUUGUUACGGAAUUUCGAUCCUGCCAUUGCCAGAAGGCCACAAGAGAUAGUCCUUCGCUCGUCGGUCUUGCCUAGAUAAAGGGCUCGAUCUCUCCCUGUGUCCAACUUUCAUCUCUCGACACCAUCUUCAAUCAACUGCCACAACAGUCCACUCAAUACCUCAACUCAUCUCUUCAAUCUUCUACACAUCUUUACUGCUCCCCUUCUCCUUGAACACAUCCAUUCUCAUCUUCCCUACACCAGUAUGGCUCCAACAAGGCCAACCCUCCAUCCAUUGACGACAACGGCUCCCAAGCACUUGACCUUCCCCUCUGAGCUUCGUGAGCGGACGUUCACAACAUAUCUCGACCUGGACAGACCUGCCAACGAUGACAAGAAAGAUGAGGACAAUGAGGCUACCAUCACUCCUCCUUCUGCCUACACAGAGUUUCUCAACACUUUCAGUCCCAUCUUUUCCAGUCCCACGACGUCGCGGGCAAACUUCUACAAGUACAUGGCCGAUAAGCCUCGCUCGCCUCCUACUUCUGCGCCUUCCAGCACCACGUCUACCACCUUUCCCAGCAGCCGUCCUUCAAGAAGUGCUAGCAACUCAUUGCACCAAGCUCCCAAUGCUCUAUAUACCUCGAAAGGCCCUGUCCAGCGCAUGCGCCUGCCCCCACCAUACGUCUACACUCCAUCGUCUGAGUCUCCUCGGAGCGGACAUCCUCUUCAUUCGCCUUUUUCUCCCUCGGAUUGGCGGACUCGUACCUUUGAGUCGCCUGUCAGCGAGGCAGGAAACUCCUUCACUGUCCGACAAGUCGUUACUACUACAAUCAAGUAUAAGCGGGCUCCUCAGCUGGACCCUCCGCCGCAGGGCAAGCGGAGAAGAAACCUUGACCGUCGCAACACUUAAGACGGUUGGACGAUUUUCUAUGAUGUUGUUUCACUACUGUUACUACUGGACAGGAUCCAGGAGCACCCAAAACCACUGUAUCUCAUAGUUUACGGAUGCAUUAUACAUGGCUGGUGAUGCGUUAUGCUCUGUAUGGUUUCUGGUUGCGGUCUCACGGGUUAUC